GUUCGAAGAAAUAAAGAAGAGAUUCAAGAACUGAAGAUUAGAGUAACAAAUUUAGAAAAAUCACAUAAUAAAUUACUAUUAAAUCUUAAACAAAGAUCAAUUCUCGAUGAAGAAUUAAAACUCGAAUUUAAUUUUUAG